AACUUUAUUUUCCUUCUUGUGGAAUUAAUUUUGUUUUCCGAUAAUAACCAUUCAUCCAGCUCACCCACCAAAGUUGAGCACAUCGCCAACAUAUUCACCAACAUAAAAAUCAUAAUAUAUAUUGAAGAACACAACACCACACAACCAUGACUACAUCGCCACAUAUAUCCCCUAUUCCAUAUUCUAUAUAAUACAAAGUUGAGGGAAUAAAACAUUGGCUCUUAGAUCAAAGCAAGCACAACAAUGGCCUUGAAAAUUUACAUCUCAAUCAUUUCAAUAGCAACUUUGGCUCUAUGCACUUCAGCUGAGCACAUUACUUCGGUUAAUUUUAGUUAUAUCGGUCCAAAUGGUCCUAAGAAUUGGGGAAGCUUAAGUCCAUCUUUUGCAGCAUGCUCAAACGGGAAAUUUCAGAGUCCUGUGAAUCUUGCAAAUAAAGAUAUUGUGAUUAACAUGGAAUUGAAAUCUUUAGAUAGACACUAUCUUCCUACAAAUGCCACACUAGUUAACAACAUAUACAACAUUGGGGUGCGGUUUGAAGGAAAAGUGGGAGAUAUUAAUAUAAAUGGAAAGAACUACUCAUUGAAACAACUUCACUGGCAUGCUCCUGCAGAGCACUGGGCUCAUGAUCGUAGACAUGAAGCUGAGCUCCACCUAGUUCACCUCACAGAAGAUAACAAUAGCAUAGCAGUUGUGGCAGCUCUCUACAAUUUGGGUGAUGCUGAUCCUCUAAUCUCCAAGAUUGAAGAUGAGUUGAUUGAACUAGAAAAGCAGAACCGUGCAGGAAAUAAAAAUGCAGCCAUAGCUCUUGGCACCUUUGAUCUAGAGGAAAUAAAUAAAAGAAUUCAUAAGUAUUAUAGAUAUGUUGGCUCUCUCACCACUCCUCCAUGCACAGAAGGUGUCAUUUGGAACAUAAUUGGCAAGGUUAGGACACUCUCAAAGAAACAACUUGAGCUUCUAAAAGCACCGUUGGGUGCAGAGUUUCAGCAAAACGCAAGGACACUUCAGCAAUUGAAUGGUCGCAAAAUUGAGAAAUACUCCUACCACAAAUAGAGGCAGGGGACUCAAACACCAUUAACCAAUUAAAUUGUAUCUAUCAUCAACAAAUAUUGUAGGCAUAAAAAAUGGAGAAUUCUCUAAUGUAAGGAUUUAAAAAAAAAGAGUACACUUUUCUAGGAUUGUGGGAGUCAAAGCACUCUGUUUUUGGCCUUUAUCAAAAUGCAUUUAUUGUAAGCUUUUAUUUUUCAUCCUUUAAUUUAAUUAAUCAUAUUCACUAAACAGAAUCAAUAAUGACAAUAAUAUUGUUGACAUUGUUGUUUUCAA